GAUCACAAUCUGGAUGAUAUGAUGUGCUGAGACAGUUGUGACAAUGUGGUUAAGAGAAGGCAAUCUUGAUUGAUGAAAUGUUAACAGUGAGCUGCGAUUGACGUCGUUGAGAGUAGUUACAUUGUGAGAAAAGAGAAGAUGCAGUCUUGAAGAAAUGUUAACUGUGAGUUGCGAUUGACACCGUUGAGCGUAGUGACAUCGUUGAGAGUAGCGACAUCGCUGAGAGUAAUGACCUUUUUGAGAGAAGAGACAUCGCGGGAAGAACCGCUGAUGUCACUGUGAGCUGCGAUUGACAUCGUUGAGAGUAGUGACACCGUUGAGAGUAGUGACAUCGUUGAGAGUAGUGACCUUUUUGAGAGAAGAGGCAUCGCGGGAAGAACCGCCGAUGUCACUGUGAGCUGCGAUUGACAUCGUUGAGAGUAGUGACACCGUUGAUAGUAGUGACAUCGUUGAGAGUAGCGACAUCGUUGAGAGUAGCGACAUCGUUGAGAGUAUCGACAUCGUUGAGAGUAGCGACAUCGUUGAGAGUAGUGACAUCGUUGAGAGUAUCGACAUCGUUGAGAGUAGUGAUCUUGUUGAGAGAAGAGACAUCGUAGGAAGACCCACUGAUCUCACUGUGAGAUACGUCACAGUGGAGAAUUCAAUGUCCAUCUCAUAUUGCUGAACGUUGUGAGAAGACAGAUCAGUACCACACAAGUUCUACAUCAAACGUCGACGAUGACAUCACGAUGCAAAUCGCCACUAAAGUGGUUCUACAUCAUGGCGCUUUACCAACUUGUCAUUGUCUGCUUUCUAACAUUUGUUGUGAUGUCUUGGACGAGACACCAAGAUGUAACCCGAUUUGUCGUCCGAAUGCCUGUACCUGCCCGUGACGAUAGCGCACCGCUACACAAGAGGCACGCUGCAGAUCUUAACGUCACAAUAUUGUUGGAAAAUAAGACCAUUUGUCAUGGCUUGGACUCUGUCUCAGUGUUAUUUAUGGUCCACACGGCGCCAUCGCACACCGCGCAAAGACAGGCCAUCAGGGCAACGUAUGCCAACAGCUCCCAUCAUCAGACGCAUUCAGUGAGGGUGAUAUUUCUGCUUGGGGUACAACGUCGACCUAAUAAACUCAACAUACAAACAGCAAUAGAUAUAGAACACCGACUUUUCGGGGAUAUAAUCCAGGGAAACUUCAUUGACGCUUAUACUAAUCUCACGUACAAAGGCGUCAUGGGAUUCAAAUGGAUUACCCAACAUUGCAAAAAUGUGGACUACGUCAUUAAAAUUGAUGAUGACGUUUAUGUAGAUACUUUCAAUUUUUUCGCUAAUUUUUACACACAGAGGCAAAAGAAUAUGAUUAUGUGUCAUAGCUGGCCAGCGUGGUCUCUGCUGGUUGAACGACGUAGCCGAUGGAGAGUGUCCAAGCAUCUCAUGAGACGGUAUGACGCAUAUCCGUGGGACUCAUGCAGCGGAUAUGCUGUUGUCAUAUCCGGUGCUCUUGUCCCUAGGUUAUACAAAGCCGCCCUCAUGGCGCCAUUCUUGUGGAUUGACGACAUCUAUCUAUUCGGGCUGCUCCCGGACCUUGUCGGAAAUGUGACACGAUUGCAUCUCGAAGACAAGAGAUACAGCAACAGGUCGAGGCGGGAGGUGAUACAGUGUUUCAAUACGUCGGAGUGUCAGCUGGUCAUAUCAUCAGCACAGGUGCCCUACAUUCACGAGCUAUGGCGGGCCAGGCAUCGAACCCAUCUCUCGGGACACCUGGUGCCGGUAAGGACGCAUGUAUUUGUUAACGGUAGCGUUUACAUUUGGGAUUUCAAAACAAAGCGGAUGGAAAUCUUCAUGAGCGACCCAAGAGAAUAUAAUAUUCCAGAAAUACGCACACUUUUAAAGCAUUAAAGGUUUGUCACCUAAAGAUUACCCCUGGCUACAAUAAAAACUUACUCCUCUAAAACUGUGAUAUUAUAGGCACUGCGACAUCAAUUCUCUCGCUGCUUUAAAAAAUUGAAUGUUGAAAAACAUUUUAUGAAACAAAAUGUUUUUACAUUCUUGGCAUUUAUCAAACGAAUAUUAUUUUGAUUCUUUGCUGUUUUUAAAAUGACAGAUCUACAAAGAGAACUUAAUGUAACGGUGUUUGGCCACGCGUGUGUGUUUCUAUCAAAAUCGAGCAAUUCCUUUGAAAACGAUCCAAGUCGUGUUUGUUUGUUUGUGUUUAACGCCACACUCAGCAAUAUUCCAGCUAUAUAACGGCGGUCUGUAAAUAACAUAUUUAUUUGGUAUGCAUUGCUUUCGAAUAUUUUUCAAGGAUGAACUUUUUAAGGAUGAACAUCAGGCGAAAUGAUACAGCUCUUCGAUAUUGUUUAGAUUACAAUGUGUAGAUAAUCUUUAAGAUUUUGG